AUGAUAGAAUCAUUAUCCUGGCGUUGGUUUCGUGUAAUUUUACCAAUUUGUUCUAUUUGUUGUCUUUAUAUGUGUUCAUUCUAUAUAUUUAUUUGUUCAACAAAUUCUUUAAUAUAUUCAACAGUUUGUCUUCGUUAUGCUAAUGAAUCAUUUUGUUCUGAAAUUGAUCGUAAUAAAUCAUUACGUGCAUCACAAACAUCAAUUCAAAAAGAAAGUUCACAAUGGUCUCUUUAUGGUACAUUAUCUUUUGCAAUAAUUGCCUGUUUUAUUUCACCUAUUUAUGGAAGUUUAUCAGAUACAAAAAAUCGAAAAUUACCAAUUAUGUUAACAAUAUUAAAUGCAAUAAUAACAGGUUUAAUAAUUACUAUUGGAAGUAUUUUUCGAGGUACUAAAACAUCUUUAUUAAUAUAUAUUUUUGCUAAUAUUAUCAAUGGAUUUGGUGGAGGAACAUUACUUCUUCUUUCUUCAUGUUUUGGUUAUGUUACUAAUAUAUGUACUGAAAAAGAACAACAUGUUCAAGCAAUUGCAAUUAUUGAAGCAUCAUUAAAUUUAGGAAUUAUUAUGGGUUAUGUUCUUUGUACAUUUAUUUUUGAAUUACAUGCUAAAAUAUGGCAUAUAUUACUUGUUCAUGUUAUUUUAUUAAUUAUUGCUCUAUUUAUAGGUUUUAUUUUUUUAAAAAGUCAAUCAAUAACAGAUUCAUCAUCAAUUAAUCUUUGGACAAAAAUUAAACGUCCAUUUUUAAAUAUUCGAGAUUUAAUUAUUGAUUUAAAAUAUAAUAAUUUAUUAUUAUCUUUUUGUAUUCUUCUUUUAUCAUUUUUUUUCUAUGAACUUUUUCGUAUGGGUUCAUCAUCAGUUUAUUAUUUAUAUUUACAUCGAAUGUCAUUCAAUGAUACACAAUAUGCAGCUUAUUUUACUUGUGAACAAAUAGGAACAUGUUUAGCAUUAAUUUUUUUGGCUUUAUUAAGAAGACGAUGGUUAAUAAAUGAGAUUUAUCUAGGUAUUAUUGGUUUAUGUCUUUCAUUGGUUGGACUGAUGCUUUUUGCAUUUGCUUCUAAUAAUAAAGCUAUGAUUUUUGGAGCUAUUCCAUCGAUGAUGUUUGGUACUUAUUUUCCAGUAUGUUUAAGAGCAGUUAUUGCUCAUUUAGUACCAGAAAGAGAUAAAGGCAAAGCAUUUAGUUUUAUUGCUUUAAUUCAAAAUCUUGAUGUUAUAUUGGGUACAGUUGCUUGUACUCAAAUUUAUCGUGCAUCGAUUAAUGUUUUUGUUGGUCUUGUUUUUAUUUUUGGUGUUGCUACAAGAUUAAUUGGAUUAAUACUUAUUCUUAUACAAAUAUUUUAUAUCAGUCGUUCACCACAGUUAUCAGAAAAAGCAUCGAUUGAUACAAUUCAAAGUCCAUUUUUAGACAUUCCAUUAGAUAGUGAUGAUGAAUUAAUUCGUCCAUAA